AUGCAGAGCGGUGCGAUAACCACCUUCUCCCAUGGACUGGGAACACGAGGCAACAGGAGCUGUAGUCUCGUAGCCCGGCCGGCCGAACGGCGGCCAUGUCUUUCUACCAGUUGGCAGCCGCGGCGCCCCGCCGCACUGCAGUGCCGGCAGGUUUCAGCAGAAAGGCAAUAUGAGGCUGACGAUCGGUUGAACAGAAAUCCUUGCGACUUCUACGCUUCUGUAUGGGGAGAUUUCUUCCUUCACCGCCCUGGUUCAGCAGCUUCCUCCCAGCAACAGCAGACUUGGAUGACAGAGCGAGUAGAGGAACUGAAGAAAGAGGUGACAAAACUGAUAGCAGUUUCAGCUACUUGUAGCCUGCUUGAGAGGCUGAAUUUCAUCUGUACAUUAGAACGCCUAUGUUUGGAUUAUCUUUUUGAAACGGAGAUUGAUGUUGCUUUAGUACAAAUUCAUAGUGCAAACAUCAAUGAUUAUGAUCUUCAUACGGUGUCUCUUUGGUUCUAUCUGCUCCGUAAACAUGGAUACAAUGUGUCACCAGACGUGUUUGAGAAAUUUUUAAACAACGAUGGAACUUUUGUAGCAAAAACUCCAAGGGAAUUGCUGAGUCUUUACAAUGCCGCUCAUUUUAGUACUCAUGGAGAGAUCAUACUUGACAAAGCUAUAUGCUUUACAAAAAGGAGUUUAAAACUGAAACUACCAUAUCUGGUAGGAUCAUUGGCACGUGAAAUACAGUGCGCACUUGAGAUCCCUCUCCCUAGAAGAGUUGCAAUUUAUGAAGCAAAGAUCUAUAUCUCUACAUAUGAGGAGGAUCAAACGAUGAAUGAAAUGGUAUUGGAACUUGCAAAGUUGAACUUCAAUCUGAUGCAACUCCAGUAUCAACAAGAGCUUGAAAUUACUACACGGUGGUGGACAGAUCUACAAAUUCAUUCAAAACUGCCGUUUGCUCGAGAUAGACUCGUGGAAUGUUAUUUGUGGAUGUUAGGAGUAUACUAUGAACCAUCUUGUUCACGUGGCCGGAUAAUUCUUACGUUUGUGAUUAACAUUGCAGCCAUCUUGGAUGAUAUUUAUGAUUCAUUUGGAACUCCAGAAGAGUGUGAACUGUUUACCCAGUGGAUAGAAAGUUGGGAUCCAAAAGCGGCACAUGAUCUACCAGAAUGCAUGGAGUAUGCGAUUGGAAGGAUUAUGGAGACCUAUGAGACCAUUGAUAAUGAGCUACCACAGAAGGACAAGUACCGUAUGACCUACCUCAGAAACUUUACAGUGGAUCUUGUUAAAAAUUACAACAAGGAGGUUAAAAUGCGUGAAGAAAGUUAUGUCCCAAAAUCUAUCGAAGAACACUUGCAGAUAUCAGCAAGGACUAGCGCAUGCCACCUGCUUGCUUGCACUUCACUAGUCGGAAUGGAUGAUGUAGCAACAAAGGAUUCUUUUGAUUGGGUCUCUACUAUGCCUGAAAUUGUGCAGAGGCUUUGCAUAAUUAUCAGACUAUUAGAUGAUAUCAUGACAUACGAGCGGGAGCAGAUGACACCUCAUGUUGCCUCGACAAUAGACAGCUACAUGAAACAAUACAAUGUCCCGAUCCAAACAGCACGUGAGAAAAUACGGGAGCUUAAGGAGGAGUCGUGGAAAGAUUUCAAUGCCCAGUGGUUGGAGCCUGAUAACGAUCAACCGAGGAAGUUGCUUAAGGUCAUAUUCAACCUCACGAGAACGAUGGAGUUCAUGUAUAACAAAGACGACAACUUCACCUACUGUCGCAACCUCAAGGAUACCAUCCAAUCGUUAUUCGUGGAGACUUUUGAGAUUGUCUAG